ACUCAGUGAAAAUGGCGGACGGAGUUCAAAACAAUGCUGUUAAAGACGAUAAAACAGGAAGGACGGCGGGGGAACAGGACAGUCUGACAGGAGAGUCGGAUACAGAACGGAAGGAUAAAACUUUCGAGAGUUUGUGGUCGGCGCCGAUUAUGUCGUUUGCCCGAAAAGCGUCUGAAAGCAUCAGCAGCGGCGGCUUGCGGAGGUCCUUAUCCGGGUGUGAGGCUCCUAAUCCGGACACGCCUGACUCCACUAAACAGGCCAUGAAAGAUCCAAUGUUGGUGGAGAGGUCCAAUCUGUUAUCCAUGAUGAAGCUCAGUAUAAAAGUUCUGAUCCAGUCGUCGCUCAGCCUGGGCCGGACGCUCGACUCGGAGUUUCCUCCUCUGCAGCAGUUCUUCGUCGUGCUGGAACACUGCCUUAAACACGGACUGAAAGUGAAGAAGUCGUUCAUUGGGCAGAAUAAAUCCAUCUGGGCUCCUCUGGAGCUGGUGGAGAAGCUGUGCCCCGAGUCGGCCGACCUCGCCACGAGCGUCCGAGACAUGCCAGGAAUCAAGACGGGGCUGGGCCGAGCGAGAGCCUGGCUGCAUUUGGCGCUUAUGCAGAAGAAAGUGGCGGAUUACAUGAAGGUUCUUAUAAACAAGAAAGACCUUCUGGGGGAGUUUUAUGAGCCAGGAGCUGUGGUAAUGGAGGAAGAAGGCGCCGUUAUCGCCGGGAUGCUGGUGGGGCUGAACGUCAUCGAUGCCAACCUGUGUGUGAAAGGGGAAGACCUGGAUUCUCAGGUGGGUGUUAUUGAUUUCUCGCUGUACCUAAAGGACCCUCAGGCAACCGAGAACCCGCAAGAUGACACUAAAAUGACCGCGAUUCUGGACCAGAAGCACUACAUAGAAGAACUAAACCGCCACCUGAGCGGCACAGUGACGGACCUUCAAUCCAAGAUGGACUCCCUGGAGAAGACCAACUCUAAACUCAUUGAGGAGCUCUCUGCAGCUACAGACCGUAUCAAUUCCCUGAGGGAGGAGCAGGAGCAGCUCCGGCAGGAGAACACCGCCAUCCUCCAGAACAGCCAGAGAAAAGAAGAGGUGACGCUGCAGGACAGCCAGGUGGAGCUGGAGACCUACAAGCAGACCAGACAAGGUCUGGAUGAAAUGUACAAUGUGGUGUGGAAGCAGUACAAGGAGGAGAAGCGCAUCCGGCAGGAGCUGCAGAAGGAGCUGGAGCUGCAGGUGGGUCUGAAGCAGGAGAUGGAAGUCGCCAUGAAGCUGUUAGAGAAGGACAUUCACGAGAAACACGACACGCUGGCGGCUCUGCGGCAACAACUGGACCAGGUCAAAUCUCUCAACCUGCAGAUGUUCAACAAAGCACAGGAUGCCAACAGCAUGAUGCAAAAGAAAGAUGAGGCAGCUGUGAGCCUGGAGGAGAAGAUGAAGGAGAUGGAAACAACAAUGAAAGAGCUGGAACAGAGGUUACAGAAGUCAGAAAGUGGAAGGAAGAACACAGAGGAGAGUCAGAAAGAGCUGUGUUCAGAAAUGAAAGGGAGAGUGGAGGAGCUGCAGAAACGCCUCACUGACCUCGACACGCUGAGGGCGAAGCUGGAGGCGGAGCUAAGCAGGGAGAAGGAGCAGAGGCAGAGUCUGCAGAGAGAUCUGCAGCGUGAGCAGGACAACAGCACUGAACUACGAACACAGCUGCAACAGCUGCAAGGCCUUCAGAUGGAAAUGCUGAACCUGCAGCAGGAGAAGAAACAGCUGCAGCAGGUGUGUGAGGAGCAGGAGCAGGCGCUGCAGGAGAUGGGCCUUCACCUCAGCCAGUCCAAACUGAAGAUGGAGGACUUUAAAGAAGUCAACAAAGCAUUAAAGGGUCACGCUUGGCUGAAAGACGACGAAGCCACACAGUGUAAGCAGUGCCGAAAGGAAUUCUCCAUUUCUCGCCGAAAAGUGAGUCCUCGUUCUCGUCUGGAUCCGUUUCGCUCUUCCACAUCUGACUCCUGUCUUAUGUCGUCUUUUCAGCACCACUGUAGGAACUGCGGAGACAUUUACUGCAACAGCUGUUCCGGUAACGAGCUGGCUCUGCCGUCGUACCCCAGACCGGUGCGCGUCUGCGACGUCUGUCACUCCCUCCUGCUCCAGAGAAGCUCCAGCGGUUCCUGACGCUCCUACGCGUCUAUAAAUACACCAAACGUGACCAAUCACGCGCUGACGUUUCGAGGCUAUUUGGAUUAAUACAUACGCAGGGGCUCCGGUUCGCCUGAACCUUUUUUUUUUUAGCCAGCAUGUGAUUAUUAAUGAAUAAUAAUUAAUGAAUUAUAUGCAAAGUCAUUUUGUAAUUUCUUCUACAGGGAGAAUGUGAUCGUUUUUUAAGGGGACUAAUACAGUAAAAUGAAACACACAUCGAUACUAACGCUAACGAACGAAUGUAUUUUUCUCUCUUGCUGAUAAUCUCCAUUUUAGGGAGAAAAACUUUUAACAAGUAAAAACAAAAACGUUUCACAAUAAUCUUUUGCUCACUUCCGAAACGAGACGUGUUUAAGGUUCGGUCGUGUCGUGCUCUUUUUCUAAAUGUCAUUAUAGGGAAGAAGAAUAAAAAAAUUGCUUUUCUUAAAGCUGUGUUGCGUAAGAUUUGAAACACUGCCUGCUGUGUGCGAUAAUAUUACAAAUAAAUAAAUAAUAUUUUGGAAAAAUAAUAAA